AUGAUUGCUGGAAAAAGAAAUGUAUGCUACUCAUCUGACGUGUAUGUAAAAGCCCAGCUGGAGAUCAGAGUUCAACAAGAGGCCAGAAUCAAACAAAUGGAGCAAGAAAUCGGAGAACUUAAGCAGAUCAAGCGAACAGGGGUGAGUGAGAGUGUGAGAACAAUUACAAAUUGUUUGAGGAUAGUGCUUGUUGGAAAAACUGGAAGUGGAAAGAGUGCUACAGGAAACACCAUACUCAACAAAGAAGUAUUUAAAUCUCAAGCCAGUUCAGUAUCAUUGACAUCAUCAUGUCAGAAGGAAGAGGGGAUUAUUAAUGGGAUGCCAGUUGCUGUUGUUGAUACUCCAGGUCUGUUCGACACAGAGCUCUCGAAUGAUGAGGUGAAGAAGGACAUUUUUAAUUGCAUCAGUCUUCUUUCUCCAGGACCUCAUGUGUUUCUGAUCAUUCUUACAAUUGGACGAUUCACAAAUGAAGAAAGAGAAACAUUGAACCUAAUCAAGGAGACAUUUGGCAAAAAUGCUGGGAUGUUUAGCCACAUAAUAUUCACCCAUGGUGAUAGCCUGCGAAAUCAGACAAUUGAAAGUUAUUUGGAAAAUGCCGAUUCACAUUUGAAAAAGCUGGUUCGAGAUUGUGGAGGAAGGCGUCAUGUAAUUGACAAUACAAAACAAGACAAUACUAAAGAAGUGAUUGACUUGCUUGAAAAAAUCAACAGAAUGAUUGAGAAAAAUGGUGGAGGCUGUUACACCAAUGAGAUGUUCAAAGAAGCAGAAGCUGCCAUACAACAAGAAAUGCAAAGAAUUUUACAGGUGAAUAAAGAGGAGAUGGAAAGAGAGAAAAAACGUUUAUGUGACAAACAUGAGGAGGAGAUGGCAGAGAUGAAGGGGAGAAUGGUGCACCAUAGAGAGAUGAUGGAAAGAGAGAGGAAACUAAAAGAGGAAGAACUUAAAAUCAAAGAAGAGUUCCUGAGAAAUGAAAUCAGAAAAAGAGAAGAGCAAGAGAAGCAAGAAUGGAAAGACGGAGAAGCAGCUAAAGAACAGAGAAGAAGUGAAGAAGAGGGAAAACAAAAAGAAUGGGAAAGAAAAUGGAAAGACACAGAAGACAAAAACGCUGAGCUAGAGAGAAAGCUGCAAAUAAGGGAGCAAGAAGAGAGAGAGCGGUAUGAGAGGGAGAAGAGAGAAAUGGAAGAACAUCAUAAGGAGAGACUUAGGAAAGAACAAGAGCAAGAGGAAUAUCGUGAAAAACUGAACCGAGAACGAAGCGAAUGGGAGACAAAAGAAAAGAAAAUGACUGAAGAAUUUGAACGGGAGGAAAAGAGAAGAGAAACAGCAAAGAAUAAGAGGAUUUCAGAUGAACGCAGAGAAAAAGAAAACCUAAAGAAAGAGUUUGAGAAGAGUAAAGAGCAGAUGAGAAAAGAAAGAGAAGACUGGGAGAAAUCACGAAAAGAGGAGUGGGAUGAAAGAGUAAAAGAGGAGAAUAAGAGGAGAGUAGUGGAGAGACAGAAACUGAAGAAGCUUCGAAGGGCAUUUGAGCGAGAGCGUGAAGAGGAGGAGAAGAAGAGAAAGAGUGAAGAUCAGAUGAGACGAGAACAAGAGGAGCAAGAACGAAUUGAGAUGGAGGAAAAGUAUGAGAGAAAAUUAAAAAACAUGAGGAGAAAAUAUGAGAAUGAGGCCAGAAAACAAGCAGAGAUAUUUAAUGAAUUCAGAGAGAAAUAUAGCAAGGAGGUCGAGUCCCUCAUGUUGAAGCAUGAUGUGGAGAUGCAGAAUCUGUUUAAAAAACAUCAAGAGGAGUACAGUACUUUGGAUGAACUUAAAACAUAUAAUGAGAAAAAUCUCAAAGACAAAAUUAAAGAAAUGCAAGAUAAACAUGAGGAAGAGAUUGAAAAAGUAAAGAACAAGCAUAAG